AAUUUCAACAGCAUAAGUUAACAUAUAUUGGGUUAACAUAUAGGUUAACCCAAUAACUUUCAGUUUCAACUUAGUAUGUGCUAUAUCGUUCAUUUCUGAUCGAUGUUUUAAAUUUUGUCAAUAAAAUUGUCGUGAAAUGAUAAACAUUAUCCUAUUUAUUUAUACACUUUGACAGUGUUUUGUUUUACAUUUAUAUUCUAUUUUUAAAAUGAUUAUAGUCUCGAGCCAUAUUUGUAUGUUUAUAACUUCAGAUAUAUGUUUAUAUGUGGUAUGACUGUAGAGAUUAAACAAACUGAUAAGAGUUAUUCAAAAUUUGUAUUUUAUGACAAACGUACCUAUAUUCGAUACUCACGUAUUACUUUUUAUUUUAUUCUUUAGUCUAUACUCUUUAACUAUUUUAUAAAUACGUAUAUGCACUAAUAAAAAAACUAACAGUGGAUAUACGCCGUAUACCCGCGUAUCACUCAUGAUUUUAUAAGUAUACGCAAUAACAGAAAAACAAAGAAGUGGGUAUACGCCGUAUACCCGCGUAUACGCUCCACGACACCUCUGCUUGUGACAAGUGUGAAAAAGUGUUUGCAUUCAAACAUGGACUGGUACGUCAUCAAAAGAGUCAUGAUGGUAUACGAUUUAAGUGUUAUUUAUGCCCAUCUAGUUUUUCGGCACAAAUGGGCACUCUCGCGUCAUGUUAAGACAAUUCACCGUGAGUAUUAUAAUUGAUUAUUCAGUAAAAUACUAAUAUGAAAAGAGAAAAUAUAUUAGUAGAGUGUUAAUAUAAAUGUAUUAUUUUAGACCUCGUAAAGUAUGGUGUGGACUAUAAUAUUGCUAUAGGAAAUCAUGCUAAUUCGAGAUCUAUGUCAACUAGUGAAAAUGUAAAUGUUGCGGAGAGAAUGCAGGUGGGUCCCAGUACAAUUAGUCCUAAACGUCGCAAACAAAGUAACACCGACAAUUCGAUUAAAAGUAAACGGGUAAAGGCUAAACGAUUACAAGACAUUACGACGAGUGGCUUUCAUAAAACGGGUGAAUCAUUAAAUAGUCAAAUUUUAUGGUUUUACAAAAAGAAUAUUGAAAAUGUAGUCGGUAUCAAUCGUUUUUGUCAGCAACAAGAGGUGAUUUAGUUGAAAAAUUACGUGACUGCCUUAAAGAAAUGGGGCCGAUAAAAUUCAACUUAAAACUAGAGGCGACUUAUACUGUACCGAAUAAUGAAAACAAAUAUGAAAAUCGGCCAUUUAAAACGUCGGCAGCUGAGAUAAUUAAUGAGGACGAUAUUGAUCAUGCUGUGGAUAUUUCAUACACAAAAUUAUUAGAACAGGAAAACUAUGCUGGUAAAGGUAGUAAUUUUUCGUUUUCUAAUAUAGGCGGUAUUUUACUGGGUGUUUACAAAUAUCAGCCUUUAGGCGGGAGUUCUUACAUUGAUUUACCGUAUGAUAUUAAAAACAGAAAUGCUGUAAUAAACCCGCAAAAUAUAGAUCAACAAUGUUUCAAAUGGGCUAUAUUGGCGAAAAAAGUGACUGGUAAUAACAAAUAUAUAGUAGGUUACAACUAUAAGUUUAUAGAAAACUCUUAUAAUUUCUCCGGUUUAUCAUUCCCAACAUCGAUUUCAGUCAAUGUUUACGGACUAAAAUUGAAAGAUUUACAUAAUAAACCCGAAUAUUUAGUUUAUCCGCUGAAAGUAUGCGCUGAAGAACUUAAAGACCAUAUUGAUUUGUUAAUUGUGUCAAACGCCGCGGGUGACAGCCAUUACACUUAUAUUACCGAUUUUGGUCGAUUGGUACAAUCACAAAUAACAAAGAAUACGGCAAAAAGUAUAUUUUGUAAACGGUGUUUCACGGGCUUUAAUAAUGUACCUAAAAAGUAUAAACUACGUGGAGUUGAGGCGCUAGAAGAACAUAAAAAAAUUUGUGGCGAAAACAAACCGUUUUUACCUGUAAUGCCUGAAGAGGGUACUAAAUUAAAGUUCGAGUCAUGGGGCAAAACACAGGAACAUCCAUUUGCAAUUUAUGCAGAUUUUGAAAGUCUGCUGGUCAAGUCCAACAAUGAUAUGAAAGGCAACACAAAUUUUGUUCAUGAACAUGUUGCAAUGAGCUAUGGAUACAUAGUAAAAGCAGCCGACAGUGUACCCAUAAAAUUAUUGCAACAGUAUAAUAUUCAAACGACGCCUAAAAUAUACAGAGGAAAUAAAAGCAGUGAGCCGGAGGAAAUAGUCAAUCGUUUUAUGGAUACGUCAUCCAUAAAACGACGAGCUACGUCAGCUGAAGUGGCGUUGAAAAUUGAAGAGUUGCUCAAGACGAACGUUGAUAUUUGUAUGACUUUAAUUUACUUUAUAAUGAAUGAGUAUAUGUAUGAUAUGAAUGAAUUGAGGAUAUAUACGUUGCUCCAGGGCGGCUUUGACACUUAAUCCGGCUCUGUUUUCAUCUCUGCUACAAUCAUUCUCUGCUCUACAUUCUUAUCAACCACCCAACACUCUGAACCAUAUAUCAUAGCUGGCCUUAUUAUAGUUUGGUAGAAUUUACCUUUCAGCCUCAUUGGAAUUCUUUUAUCGCAUAAGAUACCAGACGCUUCUCUCCAUUUCAACCACCCGCUCACAUUAAACUGAAGAACAUAUAAAGAAAACCUGCUGCGACUUAUGUAAAGGUAGUUUUACAGAGAAUAAUCAUAAAGUAGCAGACCAUGAUCAUUUGACAGGCAAAUCAUAAACAUAACUAUGUUAAAUGUAUAGUAAUUAAAAUAAAAAAUGAAAAUGUACAUUUGUUUCAGGUAAUUUUAGAAAAACGCUUUGUAACAGUUGCAAUUUAAAAUUAACAACGCCCAAGUUUGUUAACGUAUAUUUCCAUAAUCUUAGCUCGUACGACGGACACUUUUUAGUUAAAGCCCUUGGAAGAGAUACUAGUAGAAUAAGUGUAAUACCCGCUACAGAAGAAAAAUAUAUUUCUUUUUCAAAAUUUGUUUCAAACAAAUUUUCGCUAAGGUUCGUCGAUACAUUUCGUUUUAUGAGUACUAGUUUAGCGGCUCUCGCUGAAAAUUUGCGCGCCGCCGACAUAAAAUUAUUCAAAGAAACCGCAAAAGCGUUUUCAUCGGACGGUGACAUUGAUUUGGUGACCCGUAAAGGCGUGUACCCGUAUUCAUACACCUCAAGCUGGGAUGUACUCGAAGAAAAACAAUUGCCGUCAAAAGCCGAUUUUUAUAACGAUCUGUCAGAAACGCAUAUAGAUGAUGCCGAAUACAAACACGCACAAAACGUCUGGCAACAUUUCAAUUGUAAAACCCUCGGUGAGUACUCUGAUCUGUACAUGAAAACUGACGUAACAAUACUUGCGGAUGUUUUUACGAAUUUUCGCAAGUUAUGUUUACUAAAAUAUAAAUUGGAACCGGCAUAUUAUUUUACGAGUCCCGGUUUGUCUUUUGACGCUAUGCUGCUGCAUACGGGCGUUUCACUAGAUCUCAUGAGUGAUUAUGAACAGCAACUCUUUAUUGAGAGAGGAAUACGGGGAGGAAUGACAACUUCGGUGUUGAAACAUGCCACAGCCAACAAUGAAAAAACGCCUAAUUAUGAUAUUAAACAACAAAAAUAUGAAAUUAUAUAUUGGGAUGUCAAUAAUUUGUAUGGUUGGAGUAUGUCUCAACAUAUGCCAUGUGGUGACUUUAAGUGGUUAGACGUGGACGAUGAAACAAAAAUUUUAAAGACUGUGGAAGAGUUACCUGGGGAUUCUCCUAUAGGAAUGGCCCUUGAAGUGACGGUGUCGUACCCGAAAGAGUUACAUGAUGCCCACAACGAAAUGCCGUUUCUACCUGAACGAAAAUGUCCGCCUAAUUCACGGGUCAAAAAACUGUUGUCUACUUUCGAUCGGAAAGAAAACUACGUUAUACACUAUUUAAAUUUAAAACAGGCUAUGGCAAACGGAUUAAAAGUAGAAAAGGUGCAUAAGGUGUUACAAUUUAAGCAGUCGGCCUGGCUAUCAAAAUAUAUACAACUCAACACGGAGAUGAGACAGAAAGCCAAAAAUGAUUUUGAAAAAGACUUUUUUAAAUUAAUGAACAACGCUGUUUUUGGUAAAAUGAUGGAACGUGUACAAUUUAGAACGCAAAUGGAAUUGGUCAAUAAUCCUAAACGAGCGGCUAAAUUAAUUAGAAAGCAUAAUUUCAAACAUUGUACAACGUACAGUGAAAAUUUAUCAGCGUUUGUAUUGGAAAAGAAAAUUAUCGAUUUUUGUAAACCAGUAUACGUAGGUUUCUUUAAUUAUAAAACAGCUCAGCUGAUCAUAGAAAAUAAUAAAUAUCAAUUAACCCCCGGUCUAAUACAGUUAAUAUUUUCAAAACGGCCUAACGCAUACGGUAAAAAUGACUUGGAUGUCUAUAGAGACAUUCUAGUUCAUACUUCUGCGCACUUAACAACGAAUAAAUUAAAAAUUAAGAAAACAAAUGGCUACAAGUAUAAAGAAGUUAUAAGUAAAUUGUUUGUCGAGGGCAGAGGUCUUGAGUUGUCAUUGAAUACAUCGAAUAACUAUAAAUAUUGGAAUAACGCAGACGAGCUCUGCGACCGUCUUAGAUUACUAUUGGCUUCGCAGGCAGCAGGCAAUAAUGCACAUGGUAAUGAAAUUAUAUCAAUUUAUGAAGAAUUAUACGAGGCGGGCAUAAUUAAAAAAAUACCAAAUGUUUAA